AUGGGUACAUCCUACUUAACUAUUGGCGGUCUGGGCGCUAGUGUUGGUUUAUUAAUCUAUGCUGGUUUAACUUAUAUGCUAACAAAUUAUGGAUUUCGAUUUGAUAUUGGUUGGUUUCUUCUAGCUAUUUCACCGUAUCAGUGGGCAUUGGUUGGCAUAGCUCUUGCCGUUUCACUAUCUGUUCUUGGCGCAGCCUUAGGCAUUUUCGCAACUGGUGUUAGUAUAUUAGGCGGUGGUGUUAAAGCACCGCGUAUUCGAACAAAAAAUCUUAUUUCAAUUAUUAUGUGCGAAGCUGUCGCUAUCUAUGGACUUAUUAUGGGUAUUGUCAUAUCUGGUUCGAUAUCUAGUUUUUCAGCAACUCGAAUAGAAGACUUAGCUCUUAAGUAUCGUGCUGGCUAUAAACUAUUUGGAGCUGGUUUAUCUGUUGGUCUAUGCAAUUUAUUUUGCGGCGUUUGUGUUGGUCUUGUUGGAUCAGGUGCUGCAUUAGCUGAUGCACAGAAUUCAUCAUUAUUUGUUCGUAUUCUAAUCAUCGAAAUAUUCGCUAGUGCUAUUGGUCUAUUCGGUCUUAUUGUUUCUAUACUUCAAUCCAGUGGAUCGAAUAUGGCCGAUUGA